AUGCGACGCGGCCUCGUCAUCUUCCUAAUCAUCAAUGCCCUAAUAAUCGUCUUCCUUGUCCGCUCCGUCUUCACUCUCCUCACUCUCCUCGUUGAGGACGGCUCCGCCGACGCCAUUCACAGUGCCGAGAUCCCUCCACCUAAUUCUCCACGAAUCGACGACCGGCCACAACUCAUACCUAAGAUCAUUCACCAAACAUAUGUCAACGACACUGUGCCCGAGCGUUGGAGGGAGGCGCAGAAGAGCUGUGUGGAUCUGCAUGAGGACUAUGAAUACAAACUUUGGACCGAUGCCAAGUCACGCGAGCUCAUCGCAACCGAGUACCCUUGGUUCUUGAGUACCUUCGACAAUUACUCCCAGCCUAUACAGCGGGCAGACGCUAUCCGAUACUUUGUCCUCUCUCAUUACGGCGGCAUAUACAUUGACCUCGACGAUGGUUGUAACCGCCGCCUCGAUCCUCUUCUCUCCUACCCAGCCUGGGUCCGCCGCACCAACCCCACCGGCAUCUCCAACGAUGCCAUGGGCUCCGUCCCCCACCACCCCUUCUUCACCCUCGUAAUCGAAUCUUUAAUUCCUUACAACCGCAACUGGAAGCUCCCUUACAUAACAGUCAUGUACAGCACCGGCCCUCUCUUCCUCAGCGUCAUCUGGCAAGAAUAUAAACGCGGCCGCCCUUCCUCUACGAUAGCCGGCUCCUCGGUCCUUGGCGGGAGGAAGUGCACGCGGCUGGGAUGGCAGUGCAGUGGGGAGAGUAAGGAUACUGAUGGGGGACGAAUAUAA